CUGAGUCUCUCUUCCCGGAGAUGACAACUCUCUCCCCUUUUCUCUCUCCAGUGAUUGCAAAAUUUGAAAAUAAUAACAAUUAACAGAAAACCCCCCACACCCACAGAGAGAGAGAGAGAGAGAGAAAGAGAGUGGUCAAGAAAUGGACACCACAUCGACGGGAAAGAAGGUGGGCAGCCAGGGAUCCGGCUCCGACACCAGCAGCGGUGCUGGCAGCCAUGAGGGUGGUAGUGGUGGUGGAGGAGGAGCCACCGUUGGUGGUGGUGGUAGAUAUAAGCAGCUGAAAUUGUUUGAGUACUGUGGGUGGGUUUUUCAUCUGGGCGUGAAUUCAAUUGGGCAUGAAUAUUGCCAUCUUCGGUUCCUCUGCAUUCGAGGCAAAUACGUUGAGAUGUAUAAACGUGAUCCUCAUGAAAAUCCCGGCAUUAAACCUAUUAGGAGGGGAACAAUAGGGCCUACAUUCAUGGUGGAGGAGCUAGGGCGUCGGAGGGUCAACCAUGGGGAUGUUUAUGUUAUACGGCUUUACAACCGAUUGGAUGAGUCACAAAAGGGAGAGAUUGCUUGUGCCAAAGCUGGAGAAGCUCGGAAAUGGAUGGAAGCAUUUGAUCAUGCCAAGCAACAGGCUGAAUUGGAGCUUUCAAGGGGCAGCAACAGAAUCAAAUUGAACACGGAGGAAGAGAUCAAUUUGGAUGGGCAUCGACCUAGAGUAAGGAGAUAUGCUCGUGGAUUAAAAAAGCUCAUAAGAAUCGGGCAUGGUCCAGAGACACUUUUGCAGCAAUCCUCGGAUUUGGGUGGUAGGGCAGAUGGGUACUUUGAAGGGGACAUUGGAGAUGUAAUUGAAGCACAAGAAUGGAAAUGUGUUCGUACAAUAAAUGGUGUUAGAAUCUUUGAGGAUGUUUCUGACACUAAGAGUGGUAAAGGUGCUCUUGUGAAAGCCGUAGGUGUUAUUGAUGCAGAUGCAGAUACUGUUUUUGAGGUGGUCUUAAACCUUGAUCGACACCAAAGAUACGAGUGGGAUAUGUUGACAGGUGACUUGGAGCUGAUAGAUUCUUAUAAUGGACACUACGAUGUUGUGUAUGGCAUGUUUGACCCAAAGUACCUAACUCGGUGGCAUUCCAAGAGAGAUUUUGUCUUCUCUAGGCAAUGGUUUCGUUGUCAAGAUGGAACAUACACAAUUUUGCAAUUUCCUGUCACAAACAAGAAGAAGCCUCCAAAAUCUGGAUACCGACGUACAAAAAUUAAUCCAUCCACUUGGGAGAUUAGAAGUUUAAAUACGCCAAUGGGUUCAAAUGGUGCAAAGUGUCUUGUGACACAAAUGUUAGAGAUACAGUCAAAAGGCUGGUGUAAAUGGAAGACAAAUACCGGCACAAACUUUGAAAAGACUACCCCUUUUGCAUUAUUAAGCCAAGUGGCAGGUCUAAAGGAAUAUAUUGGAGCAAAUCCAAAUCCCAAAAGUGGAUCUUCAACUGUGGUUAUUCAAUCAAAGUUUUCGGAUGCCUCAUCUUCCAUCGGCGAUUAUGAGGAUGAAGAAGACAUGCAGGAGCAGUUUUAUGAUGCAAUUGCUUCUGACUCAUCAUCCUCAGAAGAUGAAGAGAGUGAUGAUGGUGAUGAAGACAGUAAUGAUGGCAAUGAAGUUGAUAAGAAGGACAAGAAAGUGAAGCUAAAGAAUGUCGUGUGGGCCAUGACAGGCUUAGCUUUGAAGCGAACUUCAGUUUCAGAUGCAAAUAAGGAAUUAGAUUGUACUAUACCUCCUGUCGUCAUUGAUCCUAGCCAGUUCCAUGGUUCCCUGCAAAAAGGAGAGGAUGGGACUGACUCUAAUUGUUGGGCUUCUCCUAGUGGCAAGGGUUUUAUGAUCCGAGGAAAGACUUACCUAAAAGAUAAUUCCAAGGUAAUGGGUGGAGAUCCCUUGCUCAAACUCAUUGCAGUUGAAUGGUUCAAAGUUGAAAAAACAGCCGAUAGGGUUGCAUUGCAUCCCAAGUGUCUAGUUCAGUCAGAAGCAGGGAAAAAGCUUCCAUUUAUCUUAGUCAUUAAUCUCCAGGUUCCAGCAAAACCAAAUUAUAGUUUGGUGCUCUACUAUGCGUCAGAAAGGCCUCUAAAUAAAAAGUCAUUGUUAGGUCAGUUCGUGGAUGGGACUGACAUGUUUCGUGAUGCAAGGUUUAAACUGAUUCCGAGCAUUGUUGAGGGGUAUUGGAUGGUCAAACGUGCAGUUGGGACAAAAGCAUGUCUGUUGGGGAAGGCUGUAACGUGCAAAUACCUCAGACAAGACAAUUUUCUGGAGAUUGAUGUAGAUAUUGGAUCAUCUUCUGUAGCAAGAAGUGUGAUUGGCCUUGUCCUUGGAUAUGUAACAAGCUUAGUAGUCGAUCUUGCAAUUCUAAUAGAGGCAAAAGAAGAGUCAGAAUUACCCGAGUAUAUUCUUGGGACAGUUCAGUUGAAUCGCUUGAGGCCUGAUUCUGCAGUACCCUUGAAGGUUUGA